AUGGUUGACCCAAAAUAUGAGACUUCACCUUCCAACCAGACCUGUGAUGCUGUCAACACAUCAGCCAGCACGUUCUUUAUGGUGGUCUACAGUCUGCUGUUUGUGGUGGGUUUACCUCUCAAUGGCUUCAUCAUAAAGUUCUACUGUUGUCAAGCUCAGCAGCAGGCAUCGAGCAGCUUGAAGGUCUUCCUGAAAAACCUGACAGCUGCCGACUUUCUGCUCUGUCUCUCUCUGCCACUGCGCAUCAGCCACUAUGGUAGCAGAUCUAUAAUAAUUUGGCAGCUCUACUGCAGCUUUGGAGCCUCUGCCUUCUACCUCAACAUGUGUGCCAGCAUCAUAUUCAUGGGGUACAUCGCUGCCAACAGGUAUCUGAAGAUUGUUCAUCCUUCACGAACUCGUGUCCUGCAGACAGUACGGGCUGCCCGCAUCAUCUCGAUGAUCACCUGGAUUUUUCUCGUGACUACAGGAAUUAUUUUCAUCAUCCUGUUUUUCAUCACUCAUAAAUCUCUGCCUUCUAGUAUCAGCCGCUGUGUUCUCAUCUUUAGUCCACUGGUCACCGUGUCCUUCAAAAUCAUUCAGGCUUUGUGUGUCGUUACUUUCCUCGUGGUCUUCAUAUUCCUGGUCUUCUUCUACUACAGCACCUCCCGCAGGGUGUUGCAGGCACAGCAGAGUCAGCUGGCCUCCUCUGGCUCAGAGAAGCUCUUGAAAUCUCGCAGGAACAUGUUGGUGCUGGUCAGCAUCUUCUGUGUUUGUUUUGUCCCGUUUUACCUGGUUCGACUACCCUCAGCUUUUCUGUGGAGCAGCUGCUCUGUGGGUCCAGCGUUGUACUACCUGCAGGAGGUGACCACCAUGGUUGCAGCUUUCAACGUCUGUCUGGACCCUGUUGUUUACUUUUUCCUCAGUAAGACUUUUCAUGCUCAGGUGGGAGGUAGCACGGAGGCUUUUCUUAAGGCUGGCCCCAAUCAGCCAUUCGUCCUGUGUGUUGGAGAAAGAAAGAACAUCAUCCAGAGUUUCUACAUUGUCCUAGAUCAAAAGGUCAUUCCCUGUGUGACACAGAUGGGUGUUGCAGGUUUUGACAAGGCAAAACUUUUCAAGGCACAUUUUUUAUUUGCCGUGUCCUUUGACAAGGCAUUGGCCAACUUCUACACAUUCAUCCAGACCACCGUGUAUGGCAUUGAUGUUGGCAGCGUGAAGGAGAGUCCUUGGGUCAGGGAAACAAGAGGAAGUCUUCAUUGUACAGUUUAA